CCAUCUCUCCCUACUAUACCUGCUAUCCCACAGCCCCAGUCCCUUCCCUUUAACUAGGCAAUUGUUGUAAUCACUGAGCACCAAAAAUGCAACAAUAGAUCUUGAUUCCGAAGUAACCGUUAAAUGUCACAUUUCACAUUACUUCCGCCAUCAUAAGAUGGAGGUCGUGGAUAAUGCAGGUGCGCAAUCACCAUCUGAAGUGCUUAGAAGGAACCCCUUUGCAAGGCAAACAAUGGAGAGGAGAGGCAACAGCGAUUUGGCUGACAGUGGCUGUAAUUAAAAACUGAAACAAAAGAAAGAUGAGCAAGGUCUGGAACUGGAGGUGGGCCUUCCAAAAAGGUUUUCUUUACUGCGUAUGAGGUAAUGCUGAGGUCUCUUAUCCAUAGAGACAGCGUGACGGGCGUCGCUGGUGUUUUUGAUUCUGACAGAAAUGUCACCAAAGAUUCAUCAUUACCAGCUAUCAGAAACAAAGGCAGAUAAUUCUCACUUUCUAGCAUUGCAGGUCCAAGAGGUCAGUGGGUUGGAAAGUCAGCAAGACAGCUUCGCAGAGAACCCCAACAAUCUCCUGAAAUGGAGGAGGAGGAGGAGGAGACGAAGACCUCCCUCUCCCAGUGACUGGCCGUGUAGGGGAGACUGUCACACUGCCGUGCACUCUGAAUCUAACAGAUCCCAUUGAUAGAGUCACAUGGAUGUUUCAUGUCAAUGGGAAAAAAAUACUCCUGGCUGAAUUCAGAGACCAGAAGUUUAUCAGAGAGAAUAAGAAUUAUUUUCCCAACCGACUGGAAGGAUCUAAUACUGGCACCGCAUUACUGAUCAGGAAGCUGAGAAUGGAGGAUUCUGGGAUCUUCACUGCACGGUUUCUUGUUAAUGGAGAAGAGGCAGAAAUUACUUAUAAUGUCACAGUUGGGUUGGGAGGAGGAGACGUCCCUCUCCCAGUGACUGGCCGUGUAGGGGAGACUGUCUCACUGACACCCCGUCUGAAUCUGACAGACCCCAUUAUAGGAGUCACAUGGAUGGUUGAUCGCAAUGGGAAAAAAAUACUCCUGGCUGAAUUCAGAGACCAGAACUUUAUCAAUCAUCUGGAAGAAACCACACUGCAGAUCAGGGAGCUGAGAAUGGAGGAUUCUGGGAUCUUCACUGCACAAAUUCUUUUUAAAAGAAAAAUAAUAGACAUUUAUUAUAAUGUCACAGUGUUAGAGCCUCUCCCCAUCCCUACACCAGUAAUAGAGAAGACAUUAGAUGGGAAUUCCACUGAUCUCUGCCAUCUUCAUUGUUCUGUCCCAUCAAACUCACCAACCCUGUCCUACAGUUGGACCUACAGAGAUACUGGCACUGACAGACUAUAUGCCAAUGGCAGCACAAUCACUGUAUCACUGAAGGAUAAGGCAUUGGGGGCAGAAUUUACCUGCUGGGUACAGAAUCCUGCUCACAGGAACAGCACAUCCGUCCCUUUAUAUCCAUGUGGGGAGGCACAGACAAAGGCACAAACAAAAGAUAAAGAUUUUGUAUUCUAUAUUGUCAUUUCUGGAACUGGGAGAGAUUAUCUUCUGUCCUUAUUACCUCCCAUGGGUUGGUUCUGUGUUAUACUUGCCUUCAUCAUUACAGCUGUAUGUAUAGCUGUAUAUAAAGCUGUAUAUAAAGCUGUGUAUAGCAGAAGAAGACGAGCAAUGCAGGACAGAAGAAUGCUGGAAUAUAUUACAAACGCUGGCAAUUCAUUUCCUGCCACAAGUACUGAUCAGGUUUUGGAAACCUUAUCCGGAAAUCAGUUAUCCAGAAAUUUACGAAUUACUCAAUUUUGGCUGGUGAUAACAGGAAAAGCUACUGAUUGACUGAAACGGAGACAUCAACUGAGAGAUCAAUACCCAUAAAGAUUCCAUAUCCUUAGAAAGCAGCAAGAGAUUUGGAGAUGGAAGAUUUAAUCAAUUAUCUAAACGGGCAGUGAUUGCAUUGGUACAUACUGGAGGAAACUGGAGCAUAUACACAAUUAUAUUAAUUAUCAUACAUGUAUGUAAUUAGCUAAUUUUCUGUCCUUUUUCUGUGGGCAAACCUGUGUUUCAACUACAUGCUGCUAUGGGUUGAAGAACCCAUAAAAAUUAAUGCAGUUAGGGGUUAGUAGAGUCUCUCUACAAUAGUAUAUAGGAGAUGGUUGGCAAUAUGCCCCCAGUCUCAGGGUAACAAUUAAUUAUGAACAAAACGACUUAAUUGCAAAGACCAUCAAAUGAAACCAGUAGUGAUGAAAAUAAAAUUCAAAAAGUAAUUUAUUUGGACAAAAGGGACGGACUAACGUGUUUCAUGCCUUAUGGGGCACUUACUCAUAGGAGCCUAUGAGUAAGUGCCCCAUAAGGCACAAAAGACGAGGGUGUCUCUUUUGUGCAAAUAAAUGACUUUUUGGCAGGGUCGGACUGGGGGGUGCAGGGCCCACCGGGGCUUCCGCCCCAACGUGCCCUCGCUGGCCAUGUCCCCUGCACCCCCUAGGGUUCCCUGUGGCACCCCUAAGCCCCCACAGGGGGGAGACACUUUAUUUAGCAGUUUCUCUCUCUUAGGACCUAUUGGCUAAUGCUACACAGGGAAGAUUCUCAGCCUGCAGGUAAACGCAGGCCGAGAAUGUGCCUAUACACUUUCUAUAGCUUUUUGAUAUGCCUGCACCCAGAGCCAUUGCCCUGACCUGCAGCCACAUGGAGCAUGUAAAGACGUAAAAUAGGGUAAUUCAGGUGAUUCUAAUAAACUAAUCAAAUAAAAAUCUGAUUACAUAGAUUAGUGAAUGACCAAUGGUAAGUUUUGAAUUACAAUAUAUUAAUGAUGUGUAUCAUGGGGUAUAUAAUUGUGGGUAGUGAUGUAAGCAGGACACAUUUGUUGAAUGCUAAUCAAGUGUUUUAAUCAUAGUACACUGGUCAAAUAAAUUUCUUCUUGAUUGAACAUUGAA